AUGGGAGUCCACCCCGAAGCUGGCAAAUCCCCAGUCAACGUCCCCAAAAGGUCCGGCACGUGCUCCUGGAGUAUCUUCUGCAACAUCAAGGUAUUUGUGCUGUGCCAUGGGCUUCUCCAGCUCUCCCAGCUUCUCUACAGUGCCAACUUCAAGAGCAGCCUCACCACCAUUGAGAAGCGCUUUGGGCUCUCCAGUCUCUCUUCAGGUUUCAUCUCCAGCUUACAUGAGAUCGGCAACGUGGUCCUUAUCAUCUUUGUCAGCUACUUUGGCAGCCGCGUUCAUCGCCCACGGGUGAUCGGUAUUGGGGGGCUGCUGCUGGCGUUGGGAGCGUUCCUGGUUACCCUGCCCCACUUCCUAUCAGACCCCUAUGAAUACACCAUGCUUAGUGCUGGUAACAAAAGCCAGGUCCAGGCUGAACUCUGCUAUGCAGAGAAUAAGUUUGUGUGCCCGAACGCCACCCAGGAUCCCCAGAAGGAGGCCAGCAGUAUAUGGGCAAUGAUGGUCAUUGCCCAGCUGCUGGCUGGAAUCGGGACAGUUCCCAUCCAGCCCUUUGGGAUAUCCUAUGUAGACGACUUCGCAGAAGCAAACAAUUCCCCACUCUACGUAGCCAUCCUCUUUGCUAUUGCCGUGUUUGGCCCUGCUUUUGGAUACUUGCUGGGAUCCGUGGUGCUGCGGCUCUUUGUGGAUAUUGGAAGAGUUGACGUUGCUACAGUGGCCCUGACACCGAGGGACCAGCAGUGGAUUGGAGCCUGGUGGCUGGGACUGCUGAUCUCCUCAGGCUGCUUGGUGCUCACGUCCAUUCCUUAUUUCUUUUUUCCUCGGUACCUGCUGAAAGGAGAGGACCUGAACGCAGAGGCUGGCAUGCUCAGGAAGAUGGAGAAGGGGGUGGCUGAAGAAACCUCCCUGCUGGAGUUUAUAAAAAGAUUCCCAAAGAUCUUCCUCAGGCUGCUCCUCAAUCCCCUCUUCAUCCUCCUGGUGCUGGCUCAGUGCAGCUUCUCCUCAGUCAUUGCGGGUCUGGCCACCUUCCUCAACAAGUUCCUGGAGAAGCAGUACGGUGCCUCCUCCUCAUAUGCCAACUUUCUCAUAGGGGCUGUGAACCUGCCAGCAGCAGCACUUGGGAUGCUUUUAGGAGGAAUCAUCAUGAAACGCUUUGCCUUCUCCCUCCGGGCCAUCCCCCGGUUUGCUGUGGUGGUGCUUGUUUUUUCCAUCCUCAUCUGCCUGCCUAUUUUCUUCAUGGGCUGCUCCACAGGACGCAUCGAUGGGAUCUACCCCCCCAGUACAUUGAGUUCCCAGCAGCAGGUUAAGACGCCGAGCGGGUGCCACUGCUCUGAGCACAUCUUUCACCCAGUGUGCGGAGAAAACAAUGUGGAGUACAUCUCCCCUUGCUUCGCUGGCUGCAUGAACAGCACCGCUAAUUUUUCCACUCCCAAACAAGUGAUCUACAAGAACUGUUCCCUGAUCCCUGCUGGGAACGGGCUGUCCUAUGCCAAGGCAGGCUCCUGUCCACUCAGCUGCUCCCACAUGCUCCUUCCUGCCAUAUUCCUCAUCUCCUUUGCUGCCCUGGUAGCCUGCCUGUCCCACAACCCCCUCUACAUGAUGGUUUUACGGGUGGUGAACCAGGACGAGAAGUCAUUUGCCAUCGGAGUCCAGUUCUUACUAAUGAGGCUGCUGGCAUGGCUGCCAGCUCCGGCCAUGUUCGGUGCCCUCAUUGACUCCUCCUGCAUCUACUGGCAGAAGCAGUGCACCCAGCGCCGGUUCUGCACCUACUACAACAACGACUUCCUCCGCAACAGAUACCUGGGGCUGCAGGUGGGCUACAAGGUGGUGGGCACCAUCCUCCUUGCCCUCAUCAGCUGGAAGGUGAAGAGGAGCAAGGAGUACAACGUGCAAGAGAAGGCAGCAGGGCUGGUGUAG